UUGACUUCAUAGAUCUUAAUUUAUGAGUUCUGUUCAAGGUCUCCUCUUCCUAGUUUGCCUUCAAAUAUAAAAUAAAUCCCCCGAAAAGUCUUCACAUCCUUGCUCCCUUUUCAUACAGUUUAACUACGUCCUUUGGCAUUCAAAUGUGAAUUAUAUUGAAGGGUCUUCAUUCAUUUUCUCUAGAACAACCAAAAAAAGGAAAAAGAAAAUGUUAGCUUUUCGUCUUCUUCUAGCUUCAAUCCUUCUUGCUUCUUGUCUUCCAUGUUAUGAAUUUGCAACAACACUUCAAGACAAUGAAGUGCAAUAUUUGAGAGAUAUAGCGAAGACACUGGGGAAGAAAGACUGGAACUUCAACGUAGAUCCAUGCAGUGGAGAAGAAGGGUGGGCUACGCCCAACGCGGCGAAGGGGUUCGAAAAUGCUGUCACCUGUAAUUGCACCGUCUCCAAUGACACAGUCUGCCAUGUCGUCAGCAUAGUGCUUAAGGCACAGAAUCUCCAAGGCAGUCUCCCCAAGGAUUUGGUAAAGUUCCCUUUCCUCCAAGAAAUUGACCUCACCCGCAACAUCCUCAAUGGCACAAUACCCCCUGAGUGGGGUUCCAUGCAACUUGUUAACAUUUCUCUUUUAGGAAAUCGCUUAACAGGUCCAAUCCCAAAAGAGCUAGGGAAUAUAAGUACUCUUUCCAGCAUAUCAGUUGAGUUCAAUCAGCUUUCGGGAGCUUUACCUCCACAACUAGGGAAUCUACCCGCCAUUCAAAGAAUGCUUAUUAGCUCUAACAAUUUUACUGGGGAAAUACCUGAGACAUUUGCUAAGCUGACCACAUUGAAAGACUUUCGGAUUAGCGAUAACCAGUUCACUGGAAAGAUUCCUAGCUUCAUCCAGAAUUGGACAAACCUUGAAAAAUUAGCAAUGCAGGCAAGUGGUCUGAUGGGACCAAUCCCAUUAGGCAUUGGAGAUCUGGAAAAAUUAACUGACCUGAGAAUCAGUGACUUGAAUGGAACUGAUGCAACUUUUCCACCACUUAGUACCAUGAAAAAAUUGAAGAUACUAAUAUUGAGGAGUUGCAAUCUCAUUGGAAAGCUACCUGAUUAUCUUGGGAAUAUGACAAAGUUGAAGACUUUAGAUCUCAGCUUUAACAAACUCAGUGGAGAAAUCCCAGACAGUUUUUCUAACAUUAGAGAUGUGGAUUACUUGUACUUGACAAGAAACUUGCUUACUGGUUUAAUCCCUAGUUGGAUACUGGAAAAAGGAGAAAAUGUUGAUCUUUCAUAUAACAAUUUCAAAGCUGGAAGCCAAGGGACAACUAUUUGUCAACAGCGGAGUGUGAAUUUGUUUGCAAGCAGUUCAAGUAGCAAUACCUCGGGAACUGUUUCUUGUUUGAGAAGCUUUGUUUGCCCAAAAUCUUGGUACUCUCUCCAUAUAAACUGUGGGGGAAGAGAAGUAGAUGUUGUUGGAAAUGCCACAUAUGAAGAUGAUACAGAUGGAGCUGGGGCUUCAAGAUUUUACCAAAGCAGAACUAAUUGGGCAUUUAGCACCACCGGUCACUUCUUGGAUGACGACCGUCCAACGGACUCUUAUAUUUGGACAAAUUCAUCGAAACUCUCUAUGAAUGAUUCUAGACUUUACAUGAACGCACGCCUUUCUCCCAUUUCUUUGACUUACUAUGGAUUCUGUAUGAUCUCUGGGAACUACACAGUGAACCUCCAUUUUGCAGAGAUUAUGUUCUCUAAUGAUAAUACAUAUAACAGCUUGGGAAGACGCAUAUUUGACAUUUAUCUUCAGGGCAAGCUGGUGCAGAAGGAUUUUAACAUCGAGGACGAAGCAGGUGGAGUUGGCAAGGCAGUCAUAAAAAGGUUCCCCGUGACGGUGACUAAUAGUACCUUGGAGAUCCGCCUUCAUUGGGCUGGAAAAGGGACUACUGGUAUUCCUGUUAGAGGAGUUUAUGGUCCUCUUAUAUCAGCCAUAUCCGUGAAUCCUAAUUUUAUACCUCCAGCAGAAGACGGGGGUAGUAGCGGUGGUAUAUCUAUGGGUGCAGUGGUUGGAAUUGUAGCUGGAUCAGUGUUUGCCAUCUUCCUGAUUGUAUUAUUACUCUGGUGGAAAGGCUGUCUAAGACAAAAAAGCCAAUUGGAAAGAGACUUAAAAGGUCUAGACUUGCAGACUAGUUCCUUCAGCUUGAGGCAAAUCAAAGCUGCCACAAACAACUUUGAUGUUGCUAAUAAAAUUGGAGAAGGAGGCUUUGGUCCUGUGUACAAGGGCACUCUGGCAGAUGGCACAGUCAUUGCGGUUAAGCAGCUAUCUGCUAAAUCAAAGCAAGGAAAUCGAGAGUUUGUGAAUGAAAUUGGAAUGAUUUCUGCUCUACAACAUCCUCAUUUGGUAAAGCUAUUUGGCUGUUGUAUAGAAGGAAAUCAACUGUUACUAAUAUACGAGUACAUGGAAAAGAACAGCCUUGCUCGUGCAUUAUUCGGUCCUCUAGAGUGUCAAUUGAAAUUAGACUGGCCAACAAGACGGAAAAUCUGCAUUGGAAUAGCUAGAGGUUUGGCCUAUCUCCAUGAAGAAUCAAGGUUGAAGAUUGUGCAUAGAGACAUCAAGGCUACAAAUGUUUUGCUUGAUAAGCAUUUAAAUCCUAAAAUAUCAGAUUUUGGAUUAGCCAAGCUUGAUGAAGAGGAUAAUACUCACAUUAGCACCCGAGUCGCAGGAACUUAUGGUUAUAUGGCUCCUGAAUACGCAAUGCGUGGUUACUUAACCGAUAAAGCUGAUGUUUAUAGUUUCGGAAUAGUGAUACUUGAAAUCGUUAGUGGGCGGAGCAACACGAAUUGCCGUCCAAAGGAAGAAAGUUUCUAUCUUCUUGAUUGGGUUCACGUUUUGAAGGAGGAAGGGAAUUUAUUGGGUUUAGUUGAUCCAAGAUUGGGAUCUAAUUACGACAAAGAGGAAGUAAUGACAAUAAUCAAUGUGGCUUUUUUAUGCACCGAUGUCAAUGCAGCUGCUAGGCCUGCAAUGUCCUCCGUGGUUAGCAUGCUUGAAGGCAAGGCCUCAGUUCAGGAAUUCGAAACGGAUUCAAGCCGUUUCGGGGACAGGUCGAGCUCAAGGGCGAUGAUGAAGAAGCUUUACCAGCAUCUUGAAGAAAACAGUGCCCCUGAGAGCCAGACACACAGUAUGUCAACAGUUGGACCAUGGACUUCCUCUUCAUCGGCAGCCGAUCUUUAUCCAAUCACCAUAACUUCAGAGUAUUUGCAGAACCGAGACUCAGCAAAUUAACCAAACUUGUCUUCAGUCUUAUUGAUGCAAAUGGAACGAAGCUUUGGUUUCUGUUAAUGUAAGUCAGCAAACUUUGGGAAAAUAGAAAAAGUUCAGGACAUUUUUCCCAAGACAAAUAUAUAUAUAUCAUAUACGACUAGAUAGAGCAACUGGUUUUAUGCAAUUGUAUGUUUUAUUUUUGUACCUAGAAAAUGUUGUAUAUUUUUCACAUUGAUGAUCUUGGUUUGCUUUCAAAAAUUAAAGUUGUAAUAUAAGAAUAAAUGUACCCUUUUCCAUGUUUGCAGUGGCUUUUUAGAAAUAACAGUUUUUUCUUUUCUUUUUCA